UCCUUUAGCCCUCAAAGUGUUAGGUUCAUUUCUUUGCAAGAGAACUAUGGGGGAAUGGAAGGAUGCACUAGCUAAGUUCAAGAAAAUUCCUCUAAAUGACAUUUUGAAGAUGCUUAAAGUAAGUUUGGAUGGAUUAGACAUUAAUGAGAAGACUAUAUUUUUGGAUAUUGCUUGCUUUUUUAAUGGGAUGGCCAAAGAUUGUGUCAUACAGAUUUUAAAAACUUUGGACAAGGAUCUUCACCCAGAAAUUGGAAUAAAUAUUCUUAUUGAGAAAUCACUUAUAAUUAAUCGUGAAGAGCAUUUGUGGGUCCAUGAAAUUCUCCAAGAUGUGGGAAAAUAUAUUGUCUAUCAAAAAUCACAUGAUGAUGCCGGCAAGCGUUCCAGGAUAUUGUCUUUGGAGGAUGUCAAUCAUGUGCUAGAAAGAAAUAAGGGGACAAAAGCAAUCCAGGAAUAAUUCUUACAUUAGAAAAGUCAUCUGACGUAUUUUGA